GCGUCAGGGCCAUGAGCUGGUUCCAAGAUGCUGCUGCUGCUGCUGCUGCCGCCCAUGCUGCUGGGGGGGUCCCUGGCCCAGGAUUGGAGAUACACAUACACGCUGCAGGUACAGCGUUCGGCCACGGUGCAGGAGGGCCUGUGCCUCUCCAUCCCCUGCACCUUUAACUACCCCCGGGAAGGCUGGACGCACUCUGGCCCAGCUUAUGGCUACUGGUUCCGGGAAGGGACCGACAGUACCCACGGGUUUCCAGUGGCCACAAACCACCUAGUUCGAGAGGUCUCCAGGGAGGCCCGUGACCGAUUCCAGCUCCUCGGGGACCCCCGGACCCUGGACUGCUCGCUGAUGAUCAGAGACGCGCGGAGGGAGGACACAGCCAAAUACUUCUUUCGAGUGGAGAGAGGCACUCUGAAAUAUAGUUAUACGUACUACCCAAUGUCUCUGGAAGUGACAGGCCUGACCCAGAAGCCCGAUGUCUAUGUCCCUGAGACCCUGGAGCCUGGACGCCCGGCAAAGCUACUCUGUCUGUUUCCUGGGGACUUUGCAGGCUGUCCGACCCCCAUGUUCUCCUGGACAGGGUCAGCCCUCUCCUCUCAAGGACCCAGACCACAAACCUCUCUCUUCUUCUCUGAGCUCACCCUGACACCGAGACCCCAGGACCACAACACUGAGCUCACCUGUCGAGUGGGAUUCUCCAACAAGGGAGUGAGCGCAGAAAGGACCAUCCAGCUGAGGGUGGACCAUGCCCCCAAGGAUCCUGUCAUCAGCGUUUCCCAGACCACUGCAUCAGUCCCCUCGCCCCAAGGAAACUUCCUGGAAGUCCGGAAAGGCCAGUACCUGCGCCUGUGCUGUGAGGCAGACGGCCAGCCCCCAGCCAUGCUGAGCUGGGUCCUGAACAACAGGGUGCUCUCCAUGUCCCCUCCCAACCAGUCCAGCCCUCUGGAGCUGGAGCUGCCUCAGGUGGGACCCAGAGAUGCGGGGCGCUACACCUGCCAAGCGGAGAACAGGCUGGGCUCCCAGCAGAGCUGGCUGAACCUCUCUGUGCAAUACCCUCCCGAGAACCUGCGAGUGACCGUUUCCCAAGCAAACAGGACGGUCCUGGAGAGCGUCGGGAAUGGCUCCUCGUUCCCGGUCCUGGAGGGCCAGUCCCUGCGCCUCGUCUGUGCGGCCGACAGCAGCCCCCCCGCCGAGCUGGGCUGGGCCCGAGGGCGCGGCGCCCUGAGCCGCUCGGCAGCCUCGGACCCCGGGCUCCUGGAGCUGCCCCGGGUGCGGAAGGAGGACGAAGGGGAGGUCACUUGUCGAGCUGAGAACCUGCUGGGCGCCCAGCAGGUCUCGCUGCACCUCUCUGUGCUGUACCCCCCUCGGCUGCUCGGCCCCUCCUGCUCCUGGGAGCCCGAGGGUCUGCGCUGCAGCUGCUCUGUGCGCGCCCGGCCGGCCGCGACCCUGCGAUGGCGGCUUGGGACCCAGCUGGUGGAGGCUACUGGCCCCAACGCCUCGGUCACGGUCACCUCCAGCUCCGACGGGACCUGGGCCAACAGCUCCCUGAGCGUGCGCGCGGGGCUCAGCCCCGACCUGGCGCUCCACUGCGAGGCCCGGAAUGCCCACGGGACUCACAGCCUCACUAUCCUGCCGCUGCCCGAUGACCAGGGAGCCUUUUCCAGCGCCUUCUCCAAGGGAUGCUUACUGGGGACAGGCAUCGCCACCCUUCUGUUCCUCUGCCUCAUCCUCAUUCUCGUGAAGAUCCUGAGGAAGAAGUGGGCCCAGCCAGGAGCUCUGCAGUCCCGGGCCUCCAGGGGCAGCUCCGUCCUGGAUUACGUCAAUGUGGACCCCAGCGGGGCUUCUCGGGCUCAGAACCGGAAGGUCCCACCCAGCAGUCCUUUCCAGCUCCCUCCUUCAGGGUCUGGCCUCCCGGCAGAAUCGAAGAACCCCACGCACCCAGGAGGGAUACCAUCCAGGCAAGACCCAGGAUCCGAGAACCACGCAGAGGAGCUACACUACGCAGCUGUCCGGUUCCCAGGACUCAGACCGUGGGAGGCCCAGGAGCCCACGGACAGGAACACUGAGUAUGCGGAGGUCACAUUCCGCCGAGGCUCUGCUGGGCUCUAGGGCUGGGGAUCCGGGCUGCCACCGAGGAAGGGAGAGAGACAAAGAGGGCAUUGGAAAUGCAGUGCCAAGUCUCUUGCUCUGACCCUCCAAGGAUGGGCCUUCUCAUCCCAAGCAUUUGGAAUAGCCGAUCUUUCCAUCUGGAGCAGCCUUGCUCUGGAAAGCAAGAGAGAGACCCUCUUCAGAAACACGUAGGUGUUCUCCUUGCUGACCCACUCAGGGUCUCACAGACUCAAAGGUGGAAGGGGCUUGAAAGAUGAUCAGGGGAGCACCCGGACAGCCAGGCCCACCGGCCCAGCCUGGUGCACUGACAAAGUUUGUACAGCCUGCUAGAGAUGGUUGCAGAGAAAUGUCAAAAACCAAAAGGACUGUGUUUCAGGAUACAUGACUCUUGGAUGACAUUUUCACUCGCUUGCCCAUGAAUAAAGUUAUUAGAACCCAA